UGACGUCACACGCAGUUUGCUCACGAUGGCGGUGGAUUUGACUCCUCGGUUCAGAAGGUUGAACAGCCAGACGAGAAGUUUUCGUGAAAACCUACAACAUGCUUUCUCCGGGCCCUUCGGUGCAACCCAGCUGUGGCACAGCAUCAUCCAAGCCCUUCGGACCCAAGUGGAAGUGCGCCGCUGCCGGAGACACCUGCGCGUUCACGCCGAAUGUUUCGCGGGCUCGGACGCCGUGGACGCAGUUCUCAGCUAUUUGAUGCAGAACGUGGUGUUUUGCACAAGCGAAGUGUCUCGACUCAAAGCCGCCCGACUCUGCCAGGCUCUGAUGGAGGCCAAGGUCUUCGAGCCGGUGGGCACGAAGCUGUUUCGCAGAGAUAAAGAGGUGACCUUUGAGGACAGCGGCUGCAGCCUUUACCGUUUUCUGGAAUAUAAAGUGACCGGUUCCGCCGUGAAGGAGAGCCGCAGUGACACAGAAAACACGCCCCCGGAAAAGAACGAGAUCAAGAGGAAGAGAAGCUCGAGGCUGAAUGAACUGAGGACAAUCUCUAAUCCUCUCGCCGUCGGACCAUCAGACAGGAGGGUUGAAAGGCUGCUUAAGACCAUCAAUCUCCAGCCGUCAAUGUCUGCAUCUCUAAAUACAGCCCCAAAGACGUCUACCUUUCUGUCCAAAGCGGUUGUGGAUGAGGUUUGGAAGCAGCAGACGUUGUUGCAGUUGCUGCAGAUUGUAGAGUUGCCCAUGUUGGACUGCAUCCUCACCUCUCCUGAAAGGGUUCAGCCCAGCAGAGCUGCUCUGCCCAACCACGACCUGGUUAUCUCCAACACAUGCCUGGAAAGAGAGCUGCCUGAUGCCCUUAACCUGCCGCAAUUGGAUGCGUGGCUGUCGGUUGCAGCAGACUGCUUGGAGCUCUUUCCCGAUCAGCUGAUCGUGGUCGCGGGGGAACAGCUCAGCCAACGGCAUGGAAAUGCCAUCGUGGAGGAUGGCGCUGCAGAGCAAAUGGAAAGCCAGAAGCGACUGCUCUUUGACACUAUCGCCAAGUACUACAGUGGACAGGAAAAAGCUCCACUUCUGUCUGGACGCUACCUGGAUAUACAUGCAGCAAUCCUGAAUUUACUGGAUGAAGGGAAAGUGCAGGAUGCCACGAAGGCAUCUCAGCUGUGUUUGCGGCUGCUGGAGACGAGCGUGAGAGACGAACUGCGGAGAUUGCUGACCUUCAUGGCCACGGCCGCUGACCCAGAUGGUUGCCGUUUACAGAAACAGACUGAUAACAGGACCUUAGUCUGCCGCACUUUUCAGAGAGCACUUGUUCAGAAUCAAGAACUGACUCGAUCUCAGAGUGAAACCCUGGUGCUCUUUCUCAUGGAUAAUCACAAUGAGCUCUUUAAGACUCCUACAACCCUUAUUGAUGCUGUGAGGACAACACUGAGGACUAUGCAGCAGGGCAAAGACCCAGACUCCAUUGCCACGUUCACCUUCUGCCAGCAAGUGACUUCACAGGAGUACGAGGACCAGCGUGAGGCUACCACCCUGGAGAGCCUCAAACAACUCCUGCAUGACAUUUCCUCAAACGAGACCAUGCCUGUCAAGGAGAAAAGGAGGCUGCUCAAAGAGUUUGAAAAGCAUCACCCUGUGGUCUUCCUCCAGCAUUUCUCCAGCACGUUCUGAGUCGUACAACUAAGCGACACCGGUUUGACUCGACAGACGAAGUCGGUUCUGUAAUUUGGUUCGGAUUAAGUUCCUGCAGUCCCACCGCCAUGGAUGCCUUUUUAACUAAUACACUGUAAUUUAAUUCUCUUUUUAAAGACAACAGGUCAACUAUAUGUAAAUGAUUUUUGCACUAGUUUGAAGACUUUAAGUAUCGGAACUAUUGGGCGUAAUGAAGGUCUAUUUUUUUAACUAUUUUUAAUUACCCAUGUUGGUCUAACGUUACUAGAAAAGGUAUAAAAAGGCGAUAAAAGGGAUUAGUUAAAUAAAAUACAAUUUAUUCACUUAAUUAAUUGUUUUGAGGUAGCGGACAACUUGUGUACUAACUGACAGACCUUCUUUAGGUGUACGUGUUGUUAAGUUGACUGGGGCUUCACAGAGGUAACGUGGUGCACUUUUAGUAGGCGUUAAUCUUUCUACACAUCAAAUGAAAAAAAUCUGUUUUAUAGCAGCUAUUUUAGCGUUAGGGAAUUCACUGGAAGAGGCAACACUAAUGUUUUGCUGCGGUUUAAUACAUGAAGCAUUAAUCUUUGUUUAAAUAUUUUAACUUGAAAUUUAACACUAAAUGAAAACAUGAAGAGUAGAUGUAAGAGUAACUCAGGUUAUAAUACUUUUUAUUUUUAUUAUCAUCAUUAUUAUUGUUUGUAGUGCCAGUAACUUAGUAGAUCUAUUGUUUUCAUUUUACUUGAAAUACACACUUUUAUUAGACAAGAUGCAAGUCAGAUUUAAUCUGACUUGAUAUUAUUUUAGACUACUAAUUUAAACUGGAAAAUGUGCUGCCUUUUAUAAAUAAUGUUUCCUGAAACCAUGUUCAUAAAAAAAAAAGUAAUUGCAGUCAAUCUAAUUGAACAUCUUUGUCUCCUUUGUCAACAUCUUUUGCGAACACUGAAAUCAUGGUAGAACGCACUUUAUGAUGCUGGAACUUGCUUUACUGUUGGAAUAACGUGUCGAAUAAAAGUUGUUCCUCAAACGAGA